GGAUCAAUCAUUACACAGGAAUAUUGCGUACAAACACAGAGGAUAGCAGUAAGAAAUACGCGAUAUAAAUCUCAUUGAAUCGACAUAAAAAAGGAGUUACAAAACCAGGACCGGUUUAUUUUGAUUUAUAGAAGUGAUUCACAUCGGAAACUGACAACAACUUUCGGCAUCGGGGCUUUUUAUUUUGAAGAGAAGAUGUUGAAAGUUUACCUCAUGCUGGUUUUGUCUGCGGCUGCUGCUGUUUUCGCUGAAUCGGUACGAGAAACCGAAACAUGGGUACCUCUGAAAAACAAGUCGUCCAAUGAGGAUCUGGAGUCUUCUGGCGACUCUCCGAAUGAAGACUUUGAGUUUGCUGAUUUAAACCCAACUGACGAUGAGGAUGGCCUUGAUGAUGAUGAAGAUGAUGAUGAUUAUGAUGGCUCAGGCUCUGGGUUUUUAGAUGAGCCCACAGAAAGCGAGACUGGUAUCUUCAACAAUAACCGGAUCCCUGAAUCUGAGGGUCCAUUUGCACCGGAGCCAACUGCCAAUAACGAUAUUCUGGUUAAACACAAUGAGGUUGGCCGGCGUGGAGAACCAAAGCAAGACGAUGACCAGCCCAGCAAUGUGCUCAUGACGCAUGCUGGAGAAGACCACUUUUUCAACAAUACAGAGGUGCUUGCAGCUGUUAUUGCGGGCGGAGCAGUUGGUCUGGUCUUCGCCAUCCUCCUCAUCGUCCUGCUGGUUCACUUCGUUCUCCGCAUCAAGAAGAAAGACGAAGGAAGUUACGACCUGGGCAAGACGCCCAUCUACAAGAAAGCUCCUACCACAGAAAUCUACGCAUGAGCAUCCCCACCCUCACAUACCUUCUCUCUCUCUUUUGAACUAUAAGCUCACACAGUGCCUCGGCCCGACGGGCCGCCGCCAACCUCUCACGUACCACAAAAACCACAGAAGGACCUCACACGAAUAAUUCACUCUGACUGGACAUUUGCAUUGAAAUCUUAAAGUGACUCGGAGGGGAUAGCAUCAAAAGAUGUUCUUGUCUUUUUGUUCUCACACUUAUUGCCUUUUCACCUUGUGGCCCAUUGUGUCCAUAAUUUUUUUUCUAAAUAAAACACUACAGGGUGCAGUGGAGCCAUUCACAAGUUAAAGGCUUUGGAUUGACCAUUGAACCAGCCGUUAAGAAAAACAGUCAAUGUCACGAUCGGUGCUACAGAAGGGAUGGUUACUGUAGCCUUUUACGUUAUCAGAUGUCUUUUGUUUUUAAAUCUGUGUGCUGUAAAACGUUUUAUUUUCUUAGUAAAACAUUCGAGGUGGAACCAAAUUGAGGGCAUGCAGUAUACGUUCGAAACUAAAUUCUGUGAGAGCAAAACCUGAAAAUCGGUGUGCUAUACUAAUGUAUACUCAUUUCAACCAUGGUGUUAUGGUACAUUCCUUAUAUCUGUAUGUCAUUGUUGUGGUGGUUUUGUGCGACGAGAGACUCGAUCCACUACAGUGCUGCUUGACUGUCAGCUAAGCUACUUUAACAGGUACAGAUGUUGUUGAUUGAGAAUCAGUUCACUGCAAACAGACUUUGUACAUCCGGGGAUCUGUAUAUAGCCAUCUGAAUAAAAUGUACAACUUUG